AUGGCCGCCAGACCAAGCGUCUUCGCUCCCGCCCUUCGCCGGGUAGCUGCCUCGGCGGCUCGACCCGCUGCCCUGCGCCCGUCCUUCGCCGCCGCGCGCAACCUCCACAACGUGCCACCGCGCCGUGACAAGCCCGGAAAGUACGCGCGAACCGACUCGGACAUCGAGGUCGAGUACCCCGAGGAGCACGAGCUGCCGCCCUCCAAGCCCGUCCGUGGUCUUCCCGGCCAGUACGUCAAGCCUACACUCGCCAGCUUCUCGCUCGACGGCAAUGUCGGUCUCGUCACCGGCGGCGCGCGAGGCCUCGGCCUGGUCAUUGGCCAGGGCAUGGUCUACUCGGGCUCUGACCUGGCACUCGUCGACAUGAACAAGGAGGAGGCCGAGAAGCAGUGCCAGCAGCUGGUGGACGCCUUCAUCAAGGAGAACCCUAACGCCGAGCGCAUCCCCCGGGUCACGGCUCACUACGCCGACGUCUCCGACCCCGAGUCGGUCGAGGCCUGCAUCGCCGAGGUCAUUCAGCAGCACGGCAAGAUCGACAACCUCGUCACCUCGGCCGGCUUCACCGAGAACUUUGAGGCCAUCAACUACCCCAUCGACCGCAUGCGCAAGCUGUGGGCCGUCAACGUUGACGGCACCUACCUUUUCGCCACGUCCGUCGCCCGCCAUCUCAUGGAGCGCAAGGCCCCCGGCAGCAUGGUCAUGAUUGGCAGCAUGUCUGGCUCCAUCGUCAACGUGCCCCAGCCUCAGGCUCCCUACAACGCGGCCAAGGCAGGUGUCCGCCACCUCGCCGCCUCCCUCGCCGUCGAAUGGGCGCACGCCGGCAUCCGCGUCAACUGUAUCUCCCCCGGUUACAUGCUCACCGCCCUCACUCAAAAGAUCCUCGACGAGAACCCCGACCUCAAGCAGAAGUGGACCUCGCUCAUCCCCCAGGGCAAGAUGGGCCAGCCCCAGGACCUCAUGGGCCCCGUCACCUUCCUGCUGUCCAACGCGUCGCAGUAUGUCACGGGCGCCGACAUUCGCGUCGACGGCGGCUACACCGUCACCUAA